AUGGAUACAGCUACUAUAGUUGAGGUGGGUGCUACCUCUAAUGAUCAAUCAAAUGUUACAGCUGAAGAAUUAAUCGAAAGUUAUAAUCUUUUAAAUGACUAUGUAUUUGUUGAACCAUUUGAUAUGGAUGAAUACAUUGAAAGUCAAUCUGGAGGAGCUGAAAGUGCUGGAUUGGGUGGUGGUGACGAUACUACCAAUACCAACCCAAGAUUUGGUCUCAGUAUUGACGGUGGUGGUAUGCGCGGACUAAUGCCUGCCAUCUGGUUAAAGGAACUUGAAAGACAACUCCAUGAAGCCGGUGAAACCAGACCUUUGAGCCAAGUAUUCUCAUUCAUUGGUGGUACAAGUAUCGGUGGUAUCUUGGCCAUGGGUCUCGCAAAGGGUAUCAAGAUUGAUGAUUUGAUCAACAUCUUUCAAGAACAUGGCAAGGAAGUAUUCCACAAGAACUGGUACAGUUUGGGUGGCAUUGUCGAUGUCAAAUAUGAUAGUAAACCAUUGUUUGACUUGUUAGAGAGCAAACAAAACUUUGGAAAAUCCCAAAUGCAACAUUUGGAUGGUCGUGUCAUGGUCACUUCAUGUACUACUAAAGGUACUCCAUUUGAAUUCUGUAACACCACUCUUGAACAAAAAUACUACAGUGUUGCUGAAGUUUGUAGAUGUACAAGUGCUGCUCCAACCUAUUUCAGUGGAAUGAAAAUUGAAAAUGAUAUUGUAGAAGACCAAGUAUAUGUUGAUGGUGGUAUGUGGAUGAAUAACCCAUCAACUAUUGUUGCUAGAAAAAUAGUUCUCGAACUCCAAAACGGAAGCUACAACAAGGAUAAAUUGUUGGUCCUUUCCUUGGGUACUGGUCUUGAACCAGUAGAUAAAUUGGCCAAGAACACUACUGUUUUGGGAGCUGGCAAGAUUAUUUCAACUCUUAUGAAAUCCAACAUGUUGGGAACUGACCAUACCAUGAAGUCAUUCCUCGGAGAAAACUAUGUCAGAGUUCAAGUAAAGUUAAAAGAAAAUAUUGAUUUGGCCGAUUGUAGUCCCAAAGCUCUAGAGCAACUCAAUGUUGCAGCAGGAAACAAAUUGGAAAAUGGAAAAUAUGUAUUUGACAGAACCACAGGUGCUGGUAAAUUUGUUUAUGAAAAGAUUGCUGAUUUUGUAAAGAAAUACAUAUCUCUCAAGCCCAAGGAUACUCUACAAAACUAA